AUGUCUGAAGAUCAUUCUCAAACAGAAGAUACUACCAUUCAUAACACAUCAAAACCCAUAUGGGAGAGCAGGGCUACGUCUCCAAUAAUCGAGCGUAUACUAACAGCCAAGUUCAAGUUAAAAUUGAAAUAUGGAGAAAAAUCCCUUAUUGUGCUUGAUUCUGAUGAAAAGUUCAUGGCUAUGCUUGGCAUGUAUGGAAGCGAGAAACAAGUAACCAUUUAUGUGACAACAGAGAAUAACCUCGGCUCCAAUAAUCAUACUAACCAUUUGUGUGCCAACAGAGAUGAACCACACGAUGAGUAUGAUGCAGACCUUUGUCCUACGGAAGAAAGCUAUCAUAGUCAUCUCAGUUCUGAUAAUGAAGAUGAUAUAAUGAAUGAUGAUGAUGUAGUUUACUCAUCUACAUCUGAUGACAAUACCUCCGGACCUCCAUUCGUCUUCUCCUUCUCCUAUCUUAAGUCGCUGCCACGUGAGGCUUCACCCGCUACUUCGCAAACUAGAGCGCCACCCCUGUCACAUUUUCCUCAGCCGCCAGUGUGGGCUUCGUGUGGGGGAUUGCGUCCAUUAGGGGGGGUCGGGAAUAGGCGACUGGAGCUUCCGCCACUGUUGGGGACUCGAUACCGCCGAGAAGCCUCCAGCGCCGCUGUAGCGCUGCCGAUAACACCACUGCCACCACCGUCGGUCAAGAACGACGUUGCUGCCGUUCGAUGA